AUAUUGCAGCGUUCUAGUAGGCUUCUCGGAUUGCCACGCAUUUCGCGCAGCGAUAGGGGAAUCCCGCGGAUGUGAGGCGCUCUCACUCUCGCUCGACCAGCCAUAUCUUGCGACAUUCGGUCGAUUCUAUUUUGGCGGAGACUGGCAUUUUUUGGUCGCGCUCUCUUUCUCUCCUCGCCAGCCCACCAGUGCGCGUGACGUUUGAACUCAAAGCCCCUUGAGGCGCCUCUUGAAACCAGCCCAGCCACCCGCCCAGCCGCCCAGCACACAGGGUGUUUUUGAGAAUUCUCACCAGCCCACCCGCCCAGCACACGCGGCCAUGGAUCUGACGUCUCCGAUCCGCCUCGCCAAUGGCGUCGCCGUUCCCCGCCUCGCCUUGGGCACAUUCAAGGCCAAAGGCGGGGAGGUGAAGGAGGCAGUCAAAGCAGCGCUGGCAGCUGGGUACAGGCACAUAGACACGGCGUCGAUAUACAAGAACGAGGCGGAGAUAGGGGAGGCCAUCAGGGAGAGCGGCAUGGCGAGGGACGAGGUGUUCAUCACCUCCAAGGCCUCGCCCUACGAGCAUGGGUUCCAGCAGGUACUUGCAGCGUGUGCUGCAUCAUUGGAACGCCUGCAGACAGACUAUCUGGUGAGACCUGUACCUGCUCCACUGGUGCGUGCGCUUCUCAUGCCAGCACCCUCUUUCAGCACCCUCUCUCAGCACCCUCAUGUCAUCCGCUGCUGCGUUCCACCAUCUAUUGCCUCCAACGCCACUCCCUCCCAUUCUCAUGACCCCCUUUGUGUCUUCCUUGCUUCGUCCAAACUGAUCUCCCCCUCCUCCUCUCCCUGGUACCACGCUUGAAAGACCACAUCGAUGAAUCUGUCUGCCUCUUCUCUGCCAAUCUCCCCCCCUUCCUCUCCUCUCCUCAUUCCCAGGCCUGGAGUGGCAAAGCUAGACAGGUGAGGGGCAAUGCUGAGAUUCGGUCGGGCCUGGAGCAGUAAAUGCCCAUCUUAGUCCACCUCGUUUCCGUUUGCACACGGCAAUCCACACAUAUCUCCGAUUCCACUUGUGCCCCCCUAAGCUUCCUGCUGUGCUGGUUUCCUUACCAUAACAGAGCAUCUGAGAGGAAUGCUGAGGUCCGGCUGGAGUCAUGGCGCGCUCUGGAGCAGCUGCACAGAGAAGGCAAGUGCCGCACCAUUGGAGUCAGCAACUUCACUGCCGCCCAUCUCGACCACUUGAUGACAAACUCCGCCACCCCACCAUCUGUCAACCAGGUGGAGGUGCACCCUCUGCUGACUCAGCGUGCGCUGCGGGCCCACUGUGCUGAGCGCGGCAUCUGUGUGGCGGCUUACUCCCCUCUGGGGUGUGGCCAGCUCCUGCAGCAUCCGACCGUGCUGCAAGUGGCUCAGAAAGUUAGCCAAUCAACUGCUCAAGUGCUGCUGAGGUGGAGCCUGCAGCAUGGAAUGGUUACUAUUCCCAAGUCGGUGAACCCAAAUCGAAUUAGAGAAAAUGCAAACAUAUUCAGCUUUGCGUUGGACAAGGAAAACAUGGAAGCAUUGGAUGCACUAGAUGAAGAUCACCAUUUCUGCUGGUCACCCAUUGGCAUUGCCUAGUGAUAUGAUGGACGCUUUCCUUAUUCUCUUGUAUCUGUAAGUAUGUUAUGUAAAAUGUGCCCUACC